UGCUCACCCCGGGGAAGCCAUGGAUCUGCGGCUGUGCCUCUUGCUCUGCUUCGCUGCUGAUUUGGGAGUCUCCUCUUCCUCCUCAGAGGUGAGGCUGGUAGGUGGCCCCCACCGCUGUGCCGGGCGGGUGGAGGUACGGCUGGACGGGCGCUGGGGCACCGUGUGUGACGAUGGCUGGGACCUGAAUGACGUGGCCGUGGUGUGCAGGCAGCUGGGAUGCGGGCCGGCCUUGAAAUCAUUGACUAGUAAAGUGUUUGGCCCGGGCUCCGAGUCGGACCCUGUCCUGAUGGUGGAUGUGCAGUGCCAGGGGACAGAGGCAGCUCUGGGGAACUGCUCAUACAUGGAUUCAGGGGACCUCUGCCAGCAUGAUGAGGACGCGGGGGCCCAUUGUCAAGCUGCAGAACUCCCAAAGCCACCUGUCCGGUUGGUGGGCAACAACACGCGCUGCAGUGGCCAGGUGGAGAUUUACUAUGAUGGCCGCUGGGGUGCCGUGUGUGGGUUAGGCUGGGACCUGACUGACGCCAAGGUGCUCUGCCGGGAGCUGGGCUGUGGGAGCCCGCGGUAUGUCACCCACCACUGCAGCAAGUUGAGUCGGAGCUCAGCACCUAUCCUGCUGGGCCAGCUAGAGUGCACCGGGCGGGAGGCCUCACUGACCCAGUGCCGAGCCCAAGCCUGGGAGGGGCGACACUGCCCACACCACCGGGACACCGGAGUCAUGUGCCAAGAGCCCUUCGCACUGCAGCUGGUGAACGGCCCAAGCAAGUGCUCUGGGCGGCUGGAGGUGCGGUAUGAUGGAGUGUGGGGCACCGUGUGUGACGACGACUGGUCGGAGACCAACGCCCAAGUGGUCUGCCGGGAGCUGGGCUGUGGUCCAGCCGAGCCACUGGCCCCAAAGCUGCAGGACCGGCCCCGCUUUGGCCAGGGUACAGGGAAAAUCUGGCUGGACGACAUCCGCUGCAAAGGCACCGAGAAGACCUUGCAGAACUGUGCCCACCGCUUCUGGAGCUACCACGACUGCACCCACAGGGAGGACAUCAGCGUGGUUUGCCAGGACAACUGAGCUGGC